AUGGGUACAACUGCAAUGACGGACGAAAAGAAUGAGAAUGCUUCAAAAUCAGAGUCCAGAAGAGCAAAUCGUAUCAGGAAAGGCGAACGACUUGAUAACUCUCUUCGUCUUUAUGCAGCUCGUGCAGACAGAGGAGCUAAAAAAGGUCAAGCACGUCGCAAAAAUUAUUUUCAAGCAAUGGACCAGUACCAAACAACUAUCGUAGGAGGUGGCACAACGGUAGGGGGAGUGACGGCAAUCAAUGAACGAGAGGACGAAGAUUUUUCUGAAAAGACGAUAGAAGAAAUGAGACGUUUUCUGGCUGACGAAAAACUCGUUGAAACAAAAUUCGAGUUUGCUGGUAAAUGGGACGAGCUGUUUCGUAUGUUCAAAAGAAACCCACAAAAAUCGGCAUUGCUAGAGUACUGGCGCCUCGAAGACGCUAUAGGAGAGGACAUGAUGAAUGUACUCAGUAAAACCGAAAACAUUGAUGGCACUACUGCACUGAAAGUUAAAGAUGUGCCUACCGCAAAACCUCCACCAUUGAAACGAGGCGAUGAUCCAGCUUAUGAACUUCAGUGGAUGUAG